AUGCAAGAUGUGAAGAAGAGGACAAGGAAGCCGGCUAGGCGAUUCGAGGUGGAUACCAACAAGCAGAACAUUUGGGACGCUUUGGGGAAUGCACAAGUCAACAUGUCGUUUAAGGAUCGGUUAGCCAUUGACAAGCAAGCAGCGAAGGAUUUGUGUGAUGGCAUUCGUUCUAUUCAUGGACGCAAACCCCGCAAAACCACUACCAAUCUACCGUUGUCUACCCAAGUGAAUGCCGUGAACCUUGUUGGAUCCGAUGGCGAAGAGAGUGAGGUUGAGGAUGAAAAAGAAGAGGAAUGGGAGGUGGAGGAUGAAAAAGAAGAGGAAUGGGAGGAUGAGUUGGAUGGAGAUGACGAAGGAAGUGCCUCUGAAUCGUACCUGUUUGAUUCCGAAUUCGAAGAUGAUGACGCUGAUGGAUAUCUCUCUGAUGGCUCAAUUACUCAAUAUCCCUACAAUCCUGAAUCCAUGGGUACUGCAAGGCCGUUUGCUGUCAAGGUGCAUAUCAAUGGUGAACCGGUGGAGGCCAUAGCGGAUACAGGAUUCAGUGUCAGUCAUAAGCAAACCACUUGCAAGGCGUUUGGAUCUACCAAUCAACAAGGAUCUUAUGUCAAUACAACAGCUGGAUGA